AUGGCCUCCGUGCCCUCCGUCACCGUCCCCGUCGUCGCCUCGGGCUUCCCGGCUGCCGGCGGGGCUGACUCCAGGAGGCCGCCACCGAGCUCCGUCGCCGCCACCGAUAAGAACAAUUGGAAAGGCAGGAGCAUCCAGGCAGCGCAGAACGGCGGCACCAUGGAAGCGCCGCUGCGGCCUCUCGACUUUGGGGAAGCAAUGGACAUGCUCAGGGAGGGGAAGACGGUGCAGUCGGCGAUGUACGUGCCGCUGCUGCACGGGUGCGUGGAGACCGGCAGCCUCGGCGGCGCCAGGGCCUUGCACGGGCACAUGGUGAAGACGGGGACCAGCGCGGACAUGUUCGUCGCCACAUCUCUUGUCAAUGCCUACAUGCGGUGCGGGGCGAGCCAGGACGCGCGUAGCCUGUUCGACCAAAUGCCUGAGAAGAACGUUGUGACGUGGACCGCGCUCAUCACAGGCUACACUCUUAACUCUCAGCUGGUAGAGGCACUCGAGGUGUUUGUAGAGAUGCUGGAGGCCGGGAGGUAUCCUUCUCAUUACACGCUGGGCGCCAUGUUGAAUGCAUGCUCUGCUUCCAACAAUGCUGACCUGGGCAAUCAGGUUCACGGAUACACGAUUAAGUAUGAUGCCCUGUCCAUAACGAGCAUAGGGAACUCGCUCUGUCGGUUGUAUGCCAAGUCUGGGAACUGGGAAUCUGCCAUGAGGGCCUUCCGGAUGGUUCCUGACAAGAAUGUCAUCACAUGGACGACGAUGAUAUCUGCCUGUGCUGAAGGUGAGAACUACACGGAGCUUGGACUGACUCUGUUCCUUGAUAUGCUUAUGGAUGGAGUGAUUCCCAAUGAGUUUACCUUGACUAGUGUCAUGAGCUUGUGUGGUACAAGGCUAGAUCUUAACCUAGGCAAGCAAGUCCAAGCCUUGUGCUUCAAAAUUGGGUGCCACACAAACAUUCCAGUAAAGAACUCGACGAUGUACCUCUAUUUGAGAAAGGGUGAAACUGAGGAGGCCAUGCAGUUGUUUGAAGGGAUGGAUGAUGUCAGUAUUAUCACGUGGAAUGCGAUGAUCUCAGGCUAUGCUCAGAUCAUGGAGACUGCUAAGGAUGAUCUUCAUGCUCGUUCUAGAGGUUUCGAGGCACUCAAGAUUUUCCGCAACCUCAAGAGGUCUGCAAUGAAGCCUGAUUUGUUCACCUUCUCAAGCAUCCUGUCUGUCUGCAGUGUCAUGAUGGCCUUAGAGCAGGGUGAGCAAAUCCAUGCACAGACGAUAAAGACUGGUUUCCUGUCAGAUGUCGUGGUGAACAGCGCACUGGUAAACAUGUAUAACAAGUGUGGUUGCAUUGAAGACGCAACUAAAGCCUUUGUCGAGAUGUCGACACGGACUCUUGUCACAUGGACUUCUAUGAUCUCAGGGUACUCACAGCAUGGCCACCCCCAGGAAGCCAUACAACUCUUUGAGGACAUGAGAUUUGCUGGAGUGAAACCAAAUGAAAUCACAUUUGUAAGUGUGCUUUCAGCCUGCAGCUAUGCUGGUUUAGUUGAGAAGGCUGAGCACUACUUCAACAUGAUGAAGGAAGAGUACAAAAUAGAGCCUGUUGUGGACCACUAUGGGUGCAUGAUUGACAUGUUUGUACGCUUGGGCCGAUUGGACGAUGCAUUUUCCUUCAUCAAAAGGACGGGUUUUGAACCAAAUGAAGCCAUCUGGUCUAGCUUGGUUGCUGGAUGCCGGAGCCAUGGAAACAUGGAGCUUGCGUUCUAUGCAGCUGAUAGACUGCUUGAGCUCAAGCCAAAAGGAGUUGAAACCUAUGUCUUACUGUUGAACAUGUUCAUUUCUAAUGGGAGAUGGCAUGAUGUGGCUAGAGUGCGGAAGCUGAUGAAACAGGAAGAUCUUGGGAUUCUUAGAGACCGCAGCUGGAUUACAAUCAAAGACAAGGUCUAUUUCUUCAGAGCUAAUGAUAAGACUCAUGAACUUAGUGAUGAGCUGUAUCAACUGCUGGAGAAUUUGCUUGAGAAAGCUAAGACCAUUGGGUUUGAACCAUACCAGAACGCUGAGUUAUGUGACAGCGAGGAUGACGAGAAGCCUCCUGCAGGUUCAGUAAGACACCACAGUGAGAGGUUAGCUGUUGCACUGGGGCUGAUCCAAACACCUCCAGGUGCAACAGUUCGCAUCACAAAGAACAUUACCAUGUGCAGGGACUGCCACAGCUCAAUUAAAUUUAUUUCAUUGCUUGUGAACAGAGAGAUUGUUGUCCGGGACAGUAAACGGCUUCACAAGUUCAAGGAUGGACAAUGCUCUUGUGGAGAUUUUGGUGCACUACUGUGA